GAUAUAGGAAAACAUAACAAUGUCUUGCGUUAUGAAAAGAAGCCUCCACAGAUAGAAAACAUCCGACGGAAUUCCUGCGAUCAAAGAAGAGCGGUACAUUUGAUGAAAGUCAUUUUGAUCUCAUUUUUGAGAUAGCCAAAAGCUCAUCUCAAUGCAAGAAGCAAAGGUGUCUACUUUAAGACAGCUAUUAGCUUUUCAUCAUGAACUAUAGACCAUGAGCUCAUCAUAGUAAGACAUUGAUGUCAUCCCCAUGGCAACGACAACAAGCGAGACGCUGCCUACUGCGCCGAAGGAUCGGAGUGACAGCCACAGCUCUUGUGAUAGCAGUUGUGGGGUCACCACUAACAGUGGAAGCAGCAGUGGAAGCAAUGCUGGAAGUGGAAGUAACAGCGGUAGCAGCAGUAGAAAGAAUUCUCUGACUGCCAGGACUGUAGGCAGUAAGGGAAGCAAUGGAGGGAAGACUAGCUCAGGAAAGAAACAUAGUGGGGAAGCGUACAUAGAGGGCGACAUCAAGUUAAGAUUUCUUUGCCCGGAGGAUGUAGAAGCUGUCAAGCAACUCUGUAGGGACUGGUUUCCUGUCGAGUAUCCUGAUUUCUGGUACAAGGAUAUUACAAAUGAUAAGCGGUUCUUUUCCCUUGCUGCUGCCAUUGGCUCUACCAUUGUGGGUUUAUUAGUGGCGGAGGUCAAGACUAGAGCCAGAUGUCACAGAGAGGUUAGUAAAAAAGAUAAAAGUGGCAUUUAUAUAUAGCGCGAAUUAGCCAGAUAUGAUAAUUUCUGAGGCAUCUUAAAAUUAUUAUUACCCAGGCUUAAGCUGCUGCUUCUAGCACACAUUGCAUUCAAGGAAUUAAUCCUGCCUGGUAUUCAUUCACCUGGGUUGAGUGCAGCAAAUUGUUCAUUGAUUUCUUGCUGAAGGAUAAUGUAUGGUCUGCUCUCUGGAGUCUUGUCUACAGGUUUCAUGCUGAUGCAAUGCCUUUGAUGAGGGUAGUAAUGUUAUUGUAUAUGUUGUUUUGUAUUUUGUUUAAUACUACAAUCUAAUCUACCAACAUCACAAUAUAUUGGUUUAGUGAGAUUUUUCUUUGCAGUUAGGUGUACAUGUAUUUAUACUUAGGUCAGUCUCCAAAAAAGCAUUAAUCGUUAUUUUCCACUCCAUCAUCAUCAUCAUCAUCUUGUGUCCAUAUUUCUCUCAAUUAGUUGCAAAAUUUUAAGUGAUUGAUGUACAGUUUCUCAGGUGUAGGAGUGUGGUUUGGUGAGAAUGUGCAUGCAUCGGUUGUGUGUGGAUUGAAUUUGAAAUGGUCUAAAUGCUAAAAUACAGUGUGAUCAUUUCUGUUGAAAUUUAUCGGGGGGGGGGGGGAUUUUGUUUCAUAGAUCUAUGUCUGACAAAAAUGGAAUUCCCAUGAUGCAUCACUAAAUUGGUCAGACCAUGCUCAGGGGAACUUUUACCUAUAGUAAAUCAAUGUAACAUGUUGUCCAGCAGUUAAGUAUGACACAUUUAACUGCUUGUUAAUUAUCCCUCAGGUUUUAUUGAUGAGAUAUACAAUUACUUAACUAAAUCAAUACUUAGAGAUACUAUAAAAGUUCAGCCUUAAAAUGAAGCUUCAUUUACGAUAAUGUAUACUGUGGUGGAACUACUACCAAUGGAAGAGUCUUUCCUUUGAUAUGAAUGAUGUAGUAGUUUCAUUUUUGAGCUAAAUUUGGACAGGCCAUCUCUUCUACAAAAAGAAUGUUGCAUAUUAAAUGGUCUGUGUUGACCCAAUAAAACAUGCAAUAAAAAAAAAAGAAUGUUGCAUAAAUAUAUGCAAAUACGAUUGUACUCAAACCAUUUUCAUUGGUUAUAGACAUGAUUAUCUUUCAAAUGCAAAAUGAAUUUAUGUAGUUCUGAACUUGUAUAGGGUAACUUUUGAAAUGUAAUUCUGCUGAGCCACUUUACCGGUAUCUGAGACUCAAUGGAAUGCAAUGGAGAUCUCUGGACAGGGUCUAUAAGAGGAAAAUCAGGGCCAGUCACCAGGGAAUCUGAAGCCUACAUGUACAUUACACUGAGCAGUGGUAUAUCUUGAAAUCAGGGAGGAUUGGUGUCAAUAAAGAACACUCUCCCACAGUAAACCUUGUUUUGUUGUGUUGCUUUUAAUUUGUGAAUAUAAUAGGAAAUUGACUGAACUCGUCCACACCUCACAUCUCAAUAUGAAUGUUGGCAAAUUCAUAAAAGAAUAGUUGUUUAAAAAGUGGAAAGAUCAAAUGUAGGAGCCUUAUUUGUUUGAAAUGAAUUUUGUUGCUUGAAUUGGUGCUUUGUUCUACAUGUAUACAGUUACAACAUAUUUUACAAGACUAUUUAACGAUAACAAAGUUCAGUUUUAUUGUCUAUUACUACUAUGUAAAUACAUUUAAAGAAUUUUUUUUUUCUU